CACUGCAACACCGAAUUAUCUGUAUUAUUUCUGCACGGCCUGUUAAUUUUGAAAUGACGACACUGACGCCGACAGCAGAGUGGCACGAGCUGCAGGACGUUUACUACCGCAAGCACCGCCUGUACCAAAUGCAGUGGGCCGACCUUAAUCUGCGCAACUUUCGCGUGGCAGCGUCGUCAUUCGGCGGCCCCAUAGCGCUGCUGCGCGACGACCGGCAGCUGCUCGAGGCUGGCCCAUCCCCGCUGCUGGACUCGGCCAUCCAUGUGUUUUCGGCCAGCGGGCUGCUUAUUGGCAAAAUCGAAUACGACGGACUGCACAUUGCUGCGUUUAGCUGGAACAGCCGCGAGGAGCUUGUAUGCGUGCAUGAGGACGGCAGUGUGCGUGUCUUCGGGCUGAGUGCGCCUGGAUCAGCGUUCUCCUUGGGCAAUGAGGCCAAGGAGGCGGGUGUUGUCGACUGUCGGUUCUGGGACCAGGGCUUUGUUGCGCGCACCGCCGACGGAAAGCUCAUAUACGUGAACGACAUAUACGAGCCGAAGCCCAAGAUGCUUGGCAAGCAUACUGGAGAGGUGAGCAGCUGGACCAUCAUCCCACCACACCUAAGUCUGAGUCACCACGUAGAGAUACUGCUGUCGUCGGGCAAGACAAUCCUGCAGAUCGACGCAGUCGGCACACAGGACCAGCUGCUGGACUCUGGCCCAUUCUCCAGCAUCUCGGUAUCUCCUAACGGGCGGCUGGUGGUCCUGUGUUCAGAAAGCGGCCGUGUGCAGGUGGUGUCAACCGACUUCCAAAAGUCGUUCUCGGAUAUGGAACAUGGUGCGGCUGAGCGGCCGGCGGAUAUUGCAUGGUGCGGCAGCGACGCAGUAGUGAUCAGCUAUGAGUCGGAGGCAGUGCUCCUGGGCCCUUUCGGUGACUCUCUGGUCUUCCCUACGGACGAACCUAUGUGCCUGGUACAGGAGCUGGAUGGGGUGCGCAUGUUCAACUCGGAGGCUCACGAGUUUCUGUUCAAAGUCAGCGACGAAAGCAAGGCUGUGUUCCAGAUUGGGCUGCAAACGCCGGCAUCGAUGCUGUAUGACUCCUUGGAAAAUAUAAAGGCACACUCGUCGCAAGCUGGCUCGACCAUUCGCGACCUGGGCGACGACCUGCCAUAUGCCAUUGACACAUGCAUAGCAGCAGCGAGCUGUGAGCCUAUAGUUGAAAUACAGCAGGCGCUGCUGCGUACAGCAAGCUUUGGCAAGGCUUUCCUGGACGUGUACAACGGCGACAAGCUAGUUGAUAUCUGCAAACACCUGCGCAUCGUCAACUGCCUAGCACAGUAUGAGAAUGGCAUCCCUGUGUCGACUAUGCAGUUCCUGAGCCAGCCGUUUGAGGACUGGGUUGCGCGACUCCUGAACCGCAACCAGCAUCAGCUGGCCAUACUCAUGUGCCGCUACAUGGAGGAGCCGGCAGAUCAGGUGUACAUACACUGGGCGUGCGCCAAGAUCCGGGCAUCGACUAUCGACGACGAUGCGCUGUACAAGAUCAUCAUGAGCAAGCUACAGAGUGUACCGGGUAUUUCGUACGUGGAUAUUGCGGAGGUGGCCAAUACUACUGGAUACCAGAAGCUGGCGAUCCGGCUACUGAAACAUGAGCCUCGGGCGGGCAACCAGGUCCCGCUACUUAUAUCGAUGGGCCAGGAAUCGACAGCAAUGGACGAGGCGAUCCGCAGUGGAGAUGCCGACCUGGUGUACUUUGUCAUAUUCCAUCUGUUCAAAGCGAUGGAGCUGGUGGACUUCUUCAAGGUUAUCAGCCGCAGCCGUGUUGCUGGCCAACUGUUUGAGAAGUACUGCAUCGAUCAGAAAUCGCCAGUUCUCAGAGACUACUACUACCAGGAAGACGCGCGCCGCAAAUCAGCGCAGCUAAUUUUGAUUGACAACUUGGACAAGCACGAUGUCGGCGAGCUGGUAGCAAAUUUGAAGGUUGCAUUGGACAUCCUGCAGAAGGACAAGACCAGCGCGCGGCAGACAAAGGCGAUGGACGCACAUAUCAAGCUGCUGAAGGUCCAGUACCAGCUCGAACAAGAGAUGCAAGGCGAGAAAUUCGUCGGGCUGACAGUCAACGAGACUGUGGCGAAAUGCAUGGCCCGGGGAAACUAUACACGAGCCAACAAACUCAAGGGCGACUUCAAGGUGCCUGAGCGCAGAUUCUACUGGAUAAAGGUGCAUGCGCUGGUGCAACGCCGUGACUGGGCUGAGCUAGCACGCCUGGCGAACGCACGCAAGCCGCCCAUUGGGUACCGUGCAUUUGUUGACGAAUGUAUUGGCGCGUUGCAAUAUCAGGAGGCGGCCCGAUAUAUCGCCAAGUGCGACCAAGGGGAGCGGGCAGAGCUGUUUUUGCGUAUCGGGUACUAUCAUGAAGCUGCGCAGGUGGCCGUUGCAGGCAAGGAUGUCGGUCUGCUGAGGCGCAUCCAGGCGCAGACACAGGACGCAGCUUUACAGCAUGAUAUUGGCGUGCAGAUUGAGCAGCUUGGCGGCGGUAUUUGAUACGAGCAGCCCGACCCGCUUCAGCACCAAUAGGAUGACGUGUUUGUACAAUGACUGUGUACGCUCUCUCCCAAUAUGAAUGACUUCAAGAUCAAGCUGAGCCUGUGAGCUCAGCGGUCCCAGCGCCGGUUCUAAACUCUGCAUUCCGUUUGAUUGGUUUGCCGCCUUCAUGGUGAAAAUUCUUUCAAGCCAUUUAAUAUAGCUUUCAUGGAUUUCAUUACGCGUGGUUUGCUUGUAGAAACACCUUUUGC